AUGCCCAUGAUGUCCAGCGGCACGUCGAUCAAGGCGCAAGUCGUCGACAAGAUUCCGAAGCGGUUCAAAGAAUUGAAAUUCGGAAUCCAGUCAAAUCAAGACAUUGUCAAUCAGGGCGUUAUAGAGGUUUCGAAUAAAAUGCUAUAUAAUGUCGACGCUGGUCGAACUGCUAUUCCACACGGCCCUGUUGACCCAAGAUUGGGGACUUCCAGCAAAUCUGGGCGUUGCGAUACUUGUGAUAAAGGCCUCCAAGACUGCAAUGGUCAUUUCGGACAUGUCAGAUUACCGCUUCCAGCUUUUCAUAUUGGGUACUUGAAAUUAAUUAUCAUGAUUUUACAAAACGUUUGCAAGACAUGCGCCAGAGUUCUACUCACUGAUGCCGAGCGACGACAAUUUUUGAAAGAAUUACGAAAGCCGGGUAUUGAUAAUCUGAAGCGCACGCAAAUCUGUAAGAAAAUCAACGAACAAUGUCGAAAAGCAAGUCAAUGCCCUCAUUGCAAUGCUACCAACGGUCAGAUCAGAAAAAUCAGUCCCGUUCGAUUGGCACACGACAAAUACACAAAAUACAACAAGUCUACUGCAGCUAAGAAGGUAGUUCCACCCGGAAUGGCUGAAUACCAAAAAUCCUUCGAAGAAGCAAAGAAGCACAAUACAGAGUUGGAGAAACAUGUAAAGAAAGUUUAUGAGGAUUUGCACCCAUUGAGGGUGCUGAACCUAUUCAAGUUAAUUACGCCGAGCGAUUGCGAACUUCUCGGAAUCAAUCCCGCUGAAGGUCGCCCUGAGAUGUUUCUAUGGCAGUUCGUUCCGGCACCCCCAAUCUGCAUUAGGCCAUCUGUUCAGCAAGAUGGAGGAAGUAAUGAGGAUGAUAUUACCACCAAGCUUGCCGAGAUUGUUAGCAUGGCCUCUUUGCUAAGAGCAGCACUACACAAGGGUCAGGCAGUCCAAACAAUCAUGGAGCAAUGGGACUUUCUUCAACUACAAAUCGCCAUGUAUGUCAAUAGCGACGUUCCAGGUCUUCAGCAACCUGGUUUCGGAAAGGCAAUUCGGGGAUUUUGUCAACGGUUGAAAGGAAAACAAGGUCGUUUCAGAGGUAAUUUGUCUGGAAAACGUGUGGACUUCUCUGGACGAACCGUCAUUUCUCCCGAUCCUAAUCUUGGUAUCGAUGAAGUUGCCGUUCCUAUCUUGGUGGCAAAGAAUCUUACAUAUCCUGAACGGGUUCAACGUCAGAAUAUCGAGAAACUGCGUCAGUGUGUUAUCAACGGACCGAAUGUUCAUCCUGGUGCGCAGCAAAUUAUCAAGAAAGAUUCCAAUCACAAGAUAUCUUUGAAAUUUGCUAAACGGGAUAAUGAGGCAAAAUUCCUCAAGAUAGGAGACGUUGUUGAAAGACAUCUUGAGGAUGGUGAUAUUGUACUUUUCAAUCGUCAGCCAUCUCUGCACAAGCUCAGUAUCAUGAGUCAUUAUGCCAAAAUCAGACCCUGGAGAACAUUUCGUCUGAAUGAGUGUGUUUGUAAUCCCUACAAUGCAGAUUUCGAUGGUGACGAAAUGAAUCUUCACGUACCGCAAACAGAGGAGGCGCGAACUGAGGCAAUCAAUCUUAUGGGAGUGAAAAACAAUCUUUCCACCCCCAAGAAUGGAGAACCUAUCAUUUCUGCUACCCAGGAUUUCAUCACUGCAGCUUAUUUACUCUCCAAUAAAGAGAACUUUUUCGAUCGCAAGACCUUCACAAACAUUUGUAUGUAUAUGGUCGACGCAAAUCUUCAUUUGGAACUUCCUGAGCCAGCCAUUUUGAAACCGCAAGCCCUUUGGACUGGCAAGCAAGUUUUCAGCAUUCUCAUGCGCCCAAAUAAGCAAGACAAUAUUCUCGUUAACGUUGACGCAAAAUGUCGAGAUUUUGUACCAAGUAUGGUACCAACAGGGUUUGCAAAUGAUAUGGAAGCCAACGACGGAUGGCUAGUAAUUCGGAAUUCAGAAGUAAUGUGCGGUCUCAUGGAUAAGAGCACAGUUGGAUCUGGAAAGAAGGACUCUAUUUUCUAUGUCAUUUUGCGAGAUUAUGGUCCAGACGCAGCAGUUGUGGCCAUGAAUCGGCUGUCUAAGCUUUCUGCUCGAUAUCUGACGAAUAUGGGAUUCUCUAUAGGAAUCAGUGAUGUCUAUCCUUCCGAAGAACUCAACAAGAGUAAAGCCAGAUUGAUCGCUGCUGCUUAUGUAGAGUGUGAGCAAUUGAUCGAAAGUUUCAAGAACAAUACAUUGGAGAAAUCUACAGGUUUAAGUAUGGAGGAGACACUUGAAGCUAAACUUUCCGGCAAGCUCAGUCAAGUCCGUGGUGCAGCUGGAAAAGAGUGUCUGAGAACCUUAUACGCUUCGAGCUCACCGCUAGUAAUGGCCAAUUCAGGAUCCAAGGGUUCAGCAAUUAACGUUGCGCAGAUGGUGGCACUGGUAGGGCAACAAAUUAUUGGAGGUUCUCGUGUUCAAGAAGGCUUUCAAGAUAGAACUCUUCCUCAUUUCCCGAAACAUUCUAAACAGCCUCCUGCCAAAGGUUUCGUAGCGAACAGCUUUUUCACAGGAUUGACUCCCUAUGAAUUUAUUUUCCACGCUAUGUCCGGACGUGAAGGUUUAGUCGAUACCGCAGUCAAAACAGCAGAAACAGGUUAUAUGUCACGACGACUUAUGAAAUCGCUAGAGGAUUUGUCAACACAAUAUGACGACACUGUUAGAACUUCUGGUGGUGGAAUUGUUCAGUUCCAAUUUGGUGCCGACGGACUGGAUCCCCUAGACAUGGAGGGAAAUGCAGUUCCUGUCAAUUUCAAGCGGACCUGGACUCAAGCAGAGACUCUUACAUGGAACAAUGAGGAAAGAUCACUUCUACCAUACGAAGUUACCAAACAAUGUGCGGAACACUUGGCAACAUUUAAAGCCAAAUUUUCUAGGUUUGGGCUACGCAAUGGAGAACCAUUAAGUUAUGACGAUCCCAGCGACUACGGUGUGGAUGAGCAUGAUGGUGGCCGGGAGUUCCUUGCUGCUGUCAAUAAGUUCAUCGGAGAAAAAGCAUCACACAUGGGUAGAGUACGUACGAAGGCUGGGCUUCAUGAUUUCGUAGAUGACCCAGAAGCUACGGGCAUCCUUCACAACGAGAAAGACGAGUGGCCAGAAUCAAGAGAUUAUGUCAACCAAGUUGCCAAGGUUUCCGAGACUACAUUAAAGAAAUUUUGCGAACUUUGUCUAGAAAAGUACUCCAGAGCCAAGGUUGAACCAGGUCACGCUGUCGGAGCUGUUGGUGCACAAUCCAUCGGAGAGCCGGGAACACAAAUGACCUUGAAAACUUUCCAUUUUGCUGGUGUCGCUGGUAUGAAUUUGACAGCAGGUGUACCCCGUAUCAAGGAAAUCAUCAACGCUUCAAAGACGAUUGCUACGCCAUUCGUCAAAUGCCCUCUGCUCAACUCUAAAGAAUUGGAAGUAGCCCGUCUCGUCAAGGCUCGUAUGGAGAAGACCUAUCUACAUGAAGUUCUUCACUUCGCCGAGGACAUGUGGUCAGCGAAAUCUGCCAUAAUCUGUCUGGCUGUAGACACGGAAUAUUUGGUAAACAGACAAAUCGAAGUUACUGUAGAGAAUAUCGCACAUACCAUUUUGAAAAACAAGAAACUCAAGGUCCGAAGCGAGGAUUUACACGUCAAAGGGAAUUGCAUUUUCAUCAACGUUACACACGAUGGUAGCGCUCCCACUACAGCUCGAGGAGCUGCAGCUAAAGUAAAACCUUCCCUCGAUGAGGGCGGUUCUGACCUUCUACUUCGUGUACAUCACCUCAAGCGCGCUGUACCAGAAUUGGCUAUAUCGGGAUAUCCAGAAGCCACAAGAGCUAUCAUCAACACAUCUGAAGAUGCGGUGCCAGAGUACACUGUCGUCGUCGAAGGAUAUGGUCUCCGUGCCUGUAUCGGAACUGAAGGUGUCGACGGCACCAAAGUCAAAUCUAAUAGUGUCAUGGAGAUGCGUGAUGUCCUCGGUAUUGAAGCCGCUCGUUCCACAAUCGCCAACGAAAUUGCAACCGUUAUGGCAGACAUGGACAUCGAUCCUCGUCACAUGCAACUCCUUGCCGAUGUCAUGACGUACAAGGGAGAAGUGUUGGGUAUCACACGUUUCGGUCUUUCCAAGAUGAGAGAUAGUGUGUUGCAACUUGCAUCCUUUGAGAAAACACCAGAUCAUCUUUUCGAUGCGGCCGCGGGCAUGAAGACAGAUAGAAUCGAGGGUGUUAGUGAGUGUAUCAUCAUGGGACAGACAAUGGGCGUUGGUACAGGUGCAUUCAAGGUUGUCAGAGCAUUAGAUCUUACUCCGGAGGAUCUAAAAGUAAAGCCAACGCUUUUCGAAGAUGCAUGGAAAAUGGAUCAAAGAGAGAGAAUAAAACUGAAGAGAGCAGCCAUGAGUUGA